AUGGAGGAGAGACAAACCCUCACAGUUCGAAUCACAAACAUCCCACAAACCGCCAUAGCCAAAGAACUCUUCACCUUCCUCGAAUCCACAUUGGGAAAAGGCACGAUCUUUGCCUGUGAAAUCUUCACGGAGUACAAUAACUGGAAGUCCAGAGGCCAUGGCAGGGUCCAGUUCGACACCCAAGAAGCCAAGAAUAAUGCCUUAUCACUCUCUCAACAAAGGAAGCUCUUUUUUAGAGGGGCCCACCUCGUGCUUUCUCUGUCUUUUGAUGACGUCAUCAGCAGGCCAUUGGAUCCUAGAAAUAGGGUUGAAGAUGGUAAUGGAGUGACCCUUUUUGCUGGGGUGAUGAUCAGAGGGGACUGUUUGGGGAUUUUGGAGUUUUGGGAUUGUGUGAAAUUGUGGGUUGUGCCUGAGAGGAAGAGGCUUGAGCUGUUUUUGAGUCAUAAAGAGGAGUGCUAUAAAUUGGAGGUGCAGUUUGGGGAUGUUUUGGAAACUUGUGGGUGCUGUUUGGAUGGGAACAAACAGAAAGUUGAUGCCAUUCUUUUGAAGCUCAAAUAUGCGCCUAAAGUUUACAAGAAGGUUUCUGGACCAGAUGUUGCUUCAAAAUUCCGUACCGACAGAUAUCAUAUCUGCAAGGAAGACUUUGACUUUCUCUGGGUUCGAACAACUGAUUUUUCCAGUAUGAAGUCAAUUGGAUACUUGUCAUCGCUUUGUUGGAAAAUCGAACAAGGAUCAUCGAAUGUAGAUAUAUAUAACAGUUUGCCAUAUUAUAAGAAAGAUGUGAUGGAACUAUCUCUGAUAGAAGGCAAAAAGUUCCAUUCGGCUUCUAAUUUGGUUCCACUCGUGAUAAAUCACUCGGAUUUCAAAUUAGGAUAUGAGGUCCUCAGCGGAAUAGAUAUCGACACUGCAGUGUUAGUUCUUCAGAAAAUGCACAAGUUGGAGUCGACUUGUUUUGAGCCGGUUUCAUUUAUCAAAUCCCAUUUGCAUGUAGUCAAUAAGGAUGUCAAGAAUCUUGCUUCAGCAGCUUAUAACAGAUUAAUAAAUCAGAAUGUGAUGACUUGUCAUAGAGUCCUUGUAACUCCAUCAAAGAUCUACUGCUCAGGUCCUGAACUUGAAACGUCCAACUACAUCGUGAAGAACUUUGCUUCAUAUGCCUCGGACUUUGUGAGGGUCACUUUUGUCGAUGAAGAUUGGGGUCGGAUCUCUGUCGGCGCUCUUUCUACAAGCAUUAAUCGAGGCAUUUUUGCAAGGCCUCAUAGGACGGACAUAUACGAUAGGAUUUUAUCUGUCCUCCGAGAUGGGAUUGUUAUUGGAGAUAAAAGGUUUGAAUUUCUGGCAUUUUCUGCUAGUCAGCUGCGUUCAAAUUCGGUUUGGAUGUUUGCUUCAAAUGAACAUGUGAAAGCACAGGAUAUCAGAGAGUGGAUGGGUUGCUUUAGCAAGAUUCGUAGUGUAUCGAAAUGUGCAGCAAGAAUGGGUCAGUUGUUCAGUUCCUCUAUGCAAACUAUAAAAGUCCAGCCUCAAAAUGUCAAGGUUAUUCCCGACAUUGAAGUGAUUUCGGAUGGUGUGGGAUAUUGCUUUUCCGAUGGGAUUGGAAAGAUCUCCUUUGCUUUUGCCAGGGAAGUUUCACGGAAGUUGGGUUUGAGUCAUAUUCCUUCAGCAUUUCAAAUACGUUAUGGUGGCUAUAAAGGGGUAAUAGUUGUUGAUCGCCAUUCAUACGAUAAGUUGGCACUACGCAGUAGCAUGCUUAAAUUUGAAUCUAAGAACUGGAUGCUCAACGUCACUAAAUGGAGCGAGUCUAUGCCUUGCUACUUGAACAGGGAGAUUAUUAUUCUGUUAUCGACCUUGGGGAUACAGGAUGACAUAUUUUUGGCAUUGCUUGAAGAACAACUUCAACUUCUGCGCCAAAUGCUGACAAAUAGAGAGGCGGCACUGAAGGUUUUGGAGAGCAUGGGUGGAAUCGACGGAAAGGGUGUUUUAGCAAGGAUGUUGCGUCAAGGUUAUGAACCAAACAGGGAGCCUUAUCUCGUGACCAUGCUUCAGUCACUUUACGAAAACCAGCUUUCUGAUCUAAGAAGUAGGUCUCGUAUUUUUGUCCCAAAGGGUCGAGUAUUAGUAGGAUGCCUGGACGAAACGGGAAUUUUGGAGUACGGCGAGGUUUACGUACGAAUAACCAUGAAUAAGUCAGAGCUACAUAGUGGUGAACAGACCUUCUUUCAUAAGGUCGAUGAUACUACAUCCAUACUUAAAGGCAAGGUGGUGGUUACAAAAAAUCCCUGUCUCCAUCCAGGCGAUGUCAGAGUACUUGAAGCUGUCUAUGACGAGAAAUUAGACGGGAUGGGACUCGUGGAUUGCCUUGUUUUCCCACAGAAAGGAGAAAGGCCUCAUCCGAACGAAUGCUCUGGUGGUGAUCUUGAUGGUGAUCAAUAUUUCAUAAGCUGGGAUGAAAAUCUCAUCCCGGCUCGAACUGUGGAACCCAUGGACUACACUGGUCGACGGCCACGAAUAAUGGAUCAUGACGUGACAUUAGAGGAAAUUCAUAAAUUCUUUGUUGAUUACAUGGUCGGUGAUACACUGGGGGCCAUCUCUACAGCGCAUCUGGUCCAUGCAGACCGUGAACUGGAUAAAGCUCUGAGUUCAAAAUGUCUCGAGUUAGCAGCCCUUCAGUCUAUGGCCGUUGACUUUGCCAAAUCUGGAGCUCCAGCCGAGAUGCCUAGGUCUUUGAAGCCGAGAGAAUUCCCUGAUUUCAUGGAAAGGUGGGAAAAGCCAAUGUACGUCUCUCAAGGUGCACUCGGCAAGGUUUACCGUGCCAUCAUUGCGUCCCACCAUCUCAUCAAGACAAACUCCAAUUGCUCGAGUGUAAUCUUGCAUGACACGUUUGAUCAGGAUCUCAUUGUAGACGGCUACGAAGCCUUCCUGGAAACUGCUGAAAACCACAAAGAGCAGUACUUGGACAGAAUGACCACAUUGCUGAACUUUUACGAAGCAAAGAGCGAAGUCGAGAUAUUGACAGGCAAUUUGCGUAACAAGUUGAUGUACUUGAAGCAUGAUAAUAGGAGAUUUGGGGAGGUUAAGGAUCGUAUUUUGGGGUCGGCCAAGAGUCUACAAAAAGAGGCCAAGGGGUGGUUUGAGGGUAGCUGCAAUGAGACUGAUCAACAGAAAUUGGCAUCAGCAUGGUAUUAUGUGACCUAUCAUCCAACGUAUUCUCAUGGCAGUGCAAAUUGCUUGGGCUUUCCUUGGGUUGUAGGUAAUAUUUUGCUUGAAAUUAAGUCAAUUAAAAGCAAGAAGCUUGACGAAAAUCUCUAG